AGCAGCGAAGGUGUCUAUCCCAAGAUAAAAACACCUUCACAAUUCCAAGAGCUAAUAAUAAUGGAGGCCGCAGCAGCAGCACUUAAACCAGUCAUCAAUGUUGCCGCCAUUUGUGGCUCCCUUCGCAAAGCUUCCUACAACAGAGGUCUCCUUCGAGCAGCGAUGAAGUUAAGUACGGAAUCAAUCGAAGGAAUGAAGAUUAAUUACAUCGAUAUUUCGCCGUUACCGUUAAUCAACACCGAUCUCGAGGUCGACGGUACUUAUCCGCCCGUUGUUGAAGCUUUUCGCCAGAAAAUUCUGGAAGCUGAUAGUAUUCUCUUUGCUUCUCCUGAGUACAAUUACUCUGUUGCUACUCCUUUGAAGAAUGCAAUAGAUUGGUCAUCUAGACCACCAAAUGUGUGGGCAGGUAAGCCUGCUGCAAUCAUAAGUAGUGGAGGAGGUUUUGGUGGGGGUCGAGCUCAAUAUCAUCUGCGGCAAAUUGGAGUUUUUCUUGAUCUUCACUUCAUCAACAAGCCGGAGUUUUUCUUGAAUGCAUUCCAACCUCCUGCCAAGUUUGACAUUGAGGGUAAUUUGAUUGAUGCAGAUGCUGAAGAAAGGAUAAAGAAAGUUCUUUUAGCGUUGCAAGCAUUCACACUACUUCAUAAAGGGAAAUGCUGAACAUCAAUUGUACUUCUUUAGUUCUCUUAAUUUAAGUGUAUAACUGAAUUCAUUUGGAAGUGUGUUGUUAUCUGUUUUACGAGUAACAUGAGAAUGAAAUUUAUUUGAUGCAGUUUGAAUGCCGAGUUGCCUA